AUUGUUUAACUAUAAUAGUCUGUGGUUGUCGUACCAAAAUGUCAAAAUGGUAAACAUUGUUGUGAUUAUUGGUAUAUAAUGGCAAUGGCAUUUUUUCAUGUGGCCUGUGGUUAAUGUAGUUUAAGUAGGUACAGAAAAAUUUUAAUGUUAUUUAUGUGCAGAAUUUGUAUAAUAUUUGAUUAGAACAAUUAGGAAUUUAAGGAGACUUAAGAAAUUAACCAGAGGAAGUAAAGCAAUUAUUUUAAAAUGUCUAACAAUUCUAUGGGCCAAGCUCCAAAUAUGCCAACAAUAGGGGCUAUGAAUACUCAAGGCAUACAGUAUGUCAACAAUCCACUUCAGAGUCCACAGCUACAGAAUUCGUCGAUACAGGGAUCUCCAUCUCAGCAUAGCCCAAUGGGCACUCAGUCUCAAGUCAGUGCCAAAGUUAAUCAAGCAGGAGCUGGGGAUCAAACAACUCAGCUUUUAAGCAGACCUCGGCUCCAAGAGCUAGUUAGAGAGGUAGACCCCACUGUGCAGUUAGAUGAAGAAGUUGAGGAAUUGCUUCUACAGUUGGCCGAUGAUUUCAUUGACACCACUUUAAACGCAGCCUGCUCACUUGCCAAACACAGACAUGCUCCGACCGUUGAGCUAAAAGACGUUCAGCUACAUUUAGAGCGGCAAUGGAAUAUGUGGAUUCCUGGUUUUGGAAAUGACGAACUACGACCAUAUAAACGUGCAGCUGUCACUGAAGCACAUAAACAAAGAAUGGCUCUUAUCAGAAAAACUAUUAAAAAAUACUAAUUAACCAAUUCUUCUCUUUUAAGUUUAUUUUUAGAUAGAUUUAAAAGACGUUAAUAAAACUCUCAUCUAUCA